AUGGAAAGAAAGUGGAUAUUGGAGGAUUUUCAUUUUAUCUUUUUUGGUGUGCUCUGUCUCCUUUUCAUAGAUGGAAGUAAACUAGAACAAGUAAAACAUUCAGAUACAUACUGUGUGUUUCAAGAUAAGAAAUACCAUGUAGGAGAAAGAUGGCAUCCUUAUCUAGAACCGUAUGGCCUUGUUUACUGCGUUAAUUGUCUUUGCUCAGAGAAUGGAAAUGUUUUGUGCAGCAGAAUAAGAUGCCCAAGUCUACACUGUGCUUCCCCUGUGCAUGUACCACAGCUGUGCUGCCCACGAUGCCCAGAAGACUCCCUUUUCUCAGUAAGCAGCAAAAUCACCGGGAAAUCCUGUGAAUACAAUGGUACCACCUACCACCAUGGAGAAAUGUUUGUGGCUGAGGGGCUUUUCCAAAACAGGCAAGCAAACCAGUGUGCCCAGUGCAGCUGCUCAGAAGGAAAUGUGUACUGUGGAUUGAAGACCUGUCCCAAGUUAACUUGCUCUUUCCCAGUUUCUGUUCCGGAGUCCUGCUGUCCAGUUUGCAGAGGAGAUGGAGAAUUGUCAUGGGAACAUUCUGAUGGAGACAUAUUCCGGCAGCCAGCCAACAGGGAAGCUAGGCACUCCUACCACCGCUCCCACUACGACCUGGCAGCCAGCUCAGGCAGGCAGGCAGUGAACGUGCCCCGAUUCCCCAGUGCCAGGGGCAACCGCGGGGCCCUGCCCGACCCCCAGCAGGCCUCCGGAACCAUCGUCCAGAUCGUCAUCAACAACAAGCACAGGCACGGCCGAGUUUGUGUUUCAAAUGGCAAAACAUACUCACAUGGUGAAUCUUGGCAUCCCAAUCUCCGGGCCUUUGGAGUCGUAGAGUGUGUGUUGUGCACCUGCAACAUCACCAAACAAGAAUGUAAGAAAAUUCACUGUCCAGAACAAUAUCCCUGCAAAUACCCUCAGAAAGUAGAAGGAAAAUGCUGUAAAGUCUGUCCAGGUAAAACAAAGUCAGAAGAUGUGCCAAGUCAAACCUUUGACAACAAAGAUUACUUCUGUGGGAAAGAGACAUUUCCUGUCUAUGAAUCCAUUUUCACAGAGGAAGGAGAAACCAUCAGGAAAAUUGCAAUAGAGAUUGAAAAGCCACCUCAAAUAGAAAUACACGUGUGGACAAUUAGAAAAGGGAUUCUGCAUCACCUCUAUGUUGAAAAAUUGUCCAAGAGAGAAUUUGAAGGACUUCCUUACUUCAAGUUGAUAACAAGGACAACCCUUAGCCAGUGGAAAAUAUUUAGCGAGGGAGAAGCUCAGAUCAGCCAAAUGUGUGAAAGCAGAGUGUGCAGGACUGAGCUCGAGGAUUUGGUAAAGGUUUUGUACCUUGAAAAGUCUGAAAAGGGUCACUGUUAAGGGAGACAGCACUGGAGGGAAAAACACAAGAAAACUUCUGAAAACUUGGAUCUGCAGCUGGACUGCAGGCUUAUUUUGCUUAAGUCAGCAGUUGCCCUAAACCCCAAAACUAUAAUGCAGUAAUUAUUCACAUCAUGCACAGCAAAUUUGCUGCUUUAUGUGUAGUGGUCUGUGUCAACUGUUCAAAUAUCUCCUCCAAAAGACUAGAAGGCUCUGUGUUACUGGUGGGGGAAGGAGAAAGAAAGACUGUGCUUUCCUAGAGUUGCAUUUCUUUACAAGUUAAAAAGAGAAAACAGAACAUUUUUACUAUUAUUAUUUGGCAAGUUAUUCAAACUAAUGAAAAGAAGGACACCUAAUAAAUGUGCAGGAGCUAUGGAGAGCAUUAUAUCCUGUCCUGAAUUUAUACCAUUUCUGGUGUUGAAAUGAUUCAUGGAUUUCUUGUAGUAGUGGAGGAAAAAUAGGAGUGAUACAAUAUUCAUGUUGGAGACAUAAAUACCAGAUUUAAACUAACAGACUCCUUAGCAGCCUGCCUUUGGGAUGAUGUCUUGUAGUUGAGCAAAUAAAGUCCAUAAACUGAACAGCAGGUGUUAGUGGCAAUCAAUAUAUUUUUGUAGCAAUUGGAGCAAAUGUUGGCUUUCAAGUGGUUUUCACUGUUUCUUCCACCCACUUCCCUAAAAGUGUUAGCUCCCUAUAAUAACCCUAAUAACUUCAUUCUUCUGGGCCCUAUUUACACAUGCUCUUGGCUGGUAAACCACCUUCUAAAGAGAUGUAGCAGAAAGUGGUGAAGUACUUGCAGUAUUUUCAAAACACCUAAACCAUUAAAACUCAUGAUUAAUAAUGCCUUA